AUGAUGAAGUCAAAAACAGCCAGAGGAGACUUCCAGGGGGCUAGACCUGGGCAGGAGGUGGGGUCCGGCAGCUACGCCAGGAUCACGCAGGGGAGGCCAGGGCCGCUGCGGGGCAGGGACCCCACCAAAGCAGCUCCCCACUGGCCCUCAGUGCCCUCCGCGCCUCCAUUCAGGCUCCAGCCUCAGCCUCCUGCGCCCUUUCUGACUGGUUUCCUCUCCCUCCUUGAGCAGGGCCUGAAAAGCAUGUUCGAGGUGUACCUGGUGGGGAACAACUCCCACCACUUCAUCAUCUCCCCCACCUCCGUCCAAGGGAAAGCGGACAUUCGCAUCCGUGUGGCCAUCCCCCUGGACUAUGAGACCGUGGACCGCUACGACUUUGACCUCUUUGCCAAUGAGAGUGUGCCCGACCAUGUGGGCUAUGCCAAAGUGAAGAUCACUCUCAUCAACGAGAAUGACAACAGGCCCAUCUUCAGCCAGCCACUGUACAACGUCAGCCUGUACGAGAACGUCACUGUGGGGACCUCUGUGCUGACAGUCCUGGCAACAGACAAUGAUGUGGGCACCUUCGGGGAGGUCAACUACUUCUUCAGUGAUGACCCUGACAGAUUCUCCCUGGACAAGGACACAGGGCUUAUCAUGCUGAUUUCCAAACUGGACUAUGAGCUCAUCCAGCGCUUCACCUUAACAGUCAUUGCGCGGGACGGGGGCGGCGAGGAGACCACGGGCCGGGUCAGGAUCAAUGUGUUAGAUGUAAACGACAACGUGCCCACCUUCCAGAAGGAUGCCUAUGUGGGUGCCCUGAGAGAGAACGAGCCUUCAGUCACGCAGCUGGUGCGGCUCCGGGCGACAGACGAAGACUCUCCUCCCAACAACCAGAUCACCUACAGCAUCGUCAGUGCCUCUGCCUUUGGAAGCUUCUUCGACAUCAGCGUGUAUGAGGGUUAUGGAGUGAUCAGUGUGAGCCGCCCCCUGGAUUACGAACAGAUUUCCAAUGGGCUGAUUUAUCUGACGGUCAUGGCCAAGGACGCUGGCAACCCCCCUCUCAAUAGUACUGUCCCCAUCACCAUCAAGGUGUUUGAUGAGAACGACAACCCUCCCACCUUCAGCAAGCCUGCCUACUUCGUCUCUGUGGUGGAGAACAUCAUGACAGGAGCCACAGUGCUGUUCCUGAAUGCCACGGACCUGGACCGCUCCCGGGAAUAUGGCCAGGAGUCCAUCAUCUACUCCUUGGAGGGCUCCUUGCAGUUUCGGAUCAAUGCCCGCUCAGGUGAGAUCACCACCACGUCUCUGCUUGACCGAGAGACCAAGUCUGAAUACAUCCUCAUCGUACGUGCGGUGGACGGGGGUGUGGGCCACAACCAGAAAACUGGCAUCGCCACUGUAAACAUCACUCUCCUGGACAUCAACGACAACCACCCCACCUGGAAGGAUGCUCCCUACUACAUCAACCUGGUGGAGAUGACGCCUCCAGACUCUGACGUGACCACGGUGGUGGCAGUGGACCCAGACCUGGGGGAGAAUGGCACUGUGGUGUACAGCAUCCAGCCGCCCAACAAGUUCUGCAGCCUCAACAGCACCACGGGCAAGAUCCGCACCACCCACGUCAUGCUGGACCGUGAGAACCCUGACCCCCACGAGGCAGAGCAGAUGCACAAGGUCAUCGUCUCCGUCACUGACCGGACGGACCCCUCGUGCGGCAGACCCCCUCUGAGGGCCACCAGUCGUGCCACAGGGUCUGUGAACCUCUUGGACCUCAAUGACAACGACCCCACCUUUCAGAACCUACCUUUCGUGGCCGAGGUGCUAGAAGGCACCCCCGCAGGGGUCUCCAUCUACCAAGUGGUGGCCAUAGACCUGGACGAGGGCCUGAAUGGUCUGGUGUCCUACCGCAUGCAAGUGGGCAUGCCCCGCAUGGACUUCCUCAUCAACAGCAGCAGCGGCGUGGUGGUCACCACCACCGAGCUGGACCGCGAGCGCAUUGCCGAGUACCAGCUGCGGGUGGUGGCCAGCGAUGCAGGCGCGCCCACCAAGAGCUCCACCAGCACACUCGCCAUCCGUGUGCUGGAUGUGAACGACGAGACGCCCACCUUCUCCCCAGCCGUGUACAACGUGUCCGUGUCCGAGGACGUGCCGCGGGAAUUCCGGGUGGUCAGGCUGAACUGCACGGACAACGACGUGGGCCUCAACGCUGAGCUCAGCUACUUUAUCACAGGUGGCAACGUGGAUGGGAAGUUCAGCGUGGGCUACCGCGAUGCCAUUGUGAGAACGGUGGUGAACCUGGACCGGGAGACCACAGCUGCAUACACUCUCAUCUUGGAGGCCAUUGACAACGGUCCUGUUGGGAAGCGGCGCACAGGCACAGCCACCGUGUUUGUCACUGUCUUGGAUGUGAACGACAACCGGCCGAUCUUUCUUCAGAGCAGCUAUGAGGCCAAUGUCCCCGAGAACAUCCCUGAAGGCCACAGCAUCGUGCAGCUGAAAGCCACAGAUGCAGAUGAGGGCGAGUUUGGGCGUGUGUGGUACCGCAUCCUCCAUGGUAACCAUGGCAACAAUUUCCGGAUCCAUGUCAGCAACGGUCUCCUGAUGCGAGGACCCCGGCCCCUGGAUCGGGAGCGGAACUCAUCCCAUGUGCUGAUAGUGGAGGCCUACAACCAUGACCUGGGCCCCAUGAGGAGCUCCGUCAGGGUGAUAGUGUACGUGGAGGACGUGAACGACGAGGCCCCUGUGUUCACGCAGCAGCAGUACAGCCGCCUGGGACUUCGCGAGACCGCAGGCAUCGGCACUUCGGUCAUCGUUGUCCGAGCCACAGACCGAGACACUGGAGAUGGUGGCCUGGUGAACUACCGCAUCGUGUCGGGCGCAGAGGGGAAGUUCGAGAUUGAUGAGAGCACAGGCCUGGUCAUCACUGUGGAUUACCUAGACUACGAGACCAAGACCAGCUACCUGAUGAACGUUUCCGCCACUGACCAGGCCCCUCCCUUCAACCAGGGCUUCUGCAGCGUCUAUGUCACUCUGCUCAAUGAGCUGGACGAGGCCGUGCAGUUCUCCAACGCCUCCUAUGAGGCUGCCAUCUUGGAGAACCUGGCACUGGGCACCGAGAUUGUGCGGGUCCAGGCCUACUCCAUUGACAACAUCAACCAGAUCACCUACCGCUUCGACGCCUACACCAGUGCCCAGGCCAAAGCCCUCUUCAAGAUCGAUGCCAUCACGGGUGUGAUCACAGUCAAGGGCCUGGUGGACCGGGAGAAGGGUGACUUCUACACUUUGACAGUGGUGGCAGAUGACGGCGGCCCCAAGGUGGACUCCACUGUGAAGGUCUACAUCACUGUGCUGGACGAGAAUGACAACAGCCCCCGGUUUGACUUCACCUCUGACUCGGUGGUCAGUGUGCCCGAGGACUGCCCUGUGGGCCAGCGAGUGGCCACCAUCAAGGCCCGGGACCCUGACGCUGGCAGCAAUGGGCAGGUGGUCUUCUCCCUGGCCUCAGGAAACGUCGCUGGGGCCUUUGAGAUCGUCACCACCAAUGACUCCAUUGGUGAAGUGUUUGUGGUCAGGCCCCUGGACAGAGAAGAGCUGGAUCACUACAUCCUCAAGGUUGUGGCUUCUGACCGUGGCACCCCUCCACAGAAAAAGAACCACAUCCUGCAGGUGACCAUCCUGGACGUGAAUGACAACCCUCCAGUGAUCGAGAGCCCCUUUGGUUACAAUGUCAGUGUGAAUGAGAAUGUUGGCGGGGGUACUGCCGUGGUCCAGGUGAGAGCCACCGACCGUGACAUCGGCAUCAACAGCAUCCUGUCCUACUACAUCACCGAGGGCAACGGGGACAUGACCUUCCGCAUGGACCGCAUCAGCGGCGAGAUCGCCACACGGCCCGCCCCACCCGACCGCGAGCGCCAGAGCUUCUACCACCUGGUGGUCACUGUCGAGGACGAGGGCACCCCCACCUUGUCGAGCAGCUCUAUGGGAUGUUACCUGCCUGGACUCAAGCCAGCCCUCCCUGGCACAGGACCAACCUUCCUGGAGGACAAGGGCAUGUAA